AUGCCUCCCUCCCUCCUCAAAACCCUCCGAACCGCUCUCCAAACCCAUCACCGCUUCAUAACCGGCGCGCUCUCCCACGCCGAACCCCCCAUCUACGUCAUCGGCAACCCCUCCGCAGAUCUCGACUCCAUUAUCUCCGCCGUGGUCUACGCAUAUUUCGGCAAUCUCACCGCAAGACAGCACAUCCCGCUCAUCAACCUGCCCAAUGUUCCCUCUGGUCCGGAGCUGUACAGGCUCCGCCCGGAGUUCGUCAAGGCUCUCCACUUAUCGACACACCCGGCCUUAGAUGGCGAGCAAGCAUGGGACGAGACGCCUGAGUCGGCUGGCGCGCUCCUCCGUGACCAUUUCCUGACUGUGGCGGAUUUCGCGGCGCAGCUAAAGAUUAAUCCUGGAAGUACUAGUGGACGUCUCCAAGCGGAUGCUGUCCUUGUUGAUUGGAAUGCACUGCCCAUGGCAUCACCAUCUGCCGCGCAGCAGCAGCAACAGCACCCCAAAGGCUGCAUACCCGGCCUAGAAACAGCCGUCGACUUCACAGUCCUCGGCUGCGUAGACCACCACAUCGACGAGGGGUUCCUGCCCCGUGGUCCUCAGAUCAAACCGCUAGAAAUCCACACGGCAGGAUCAUGCGCAUCGCUAGUGGCGCACACCCUUCAAUCCCUCAACCUCUGGCGUGACAACCCACCAUUAAACGAUCCCCAAACCCAGCAACAACAACAACAGCAGGCCCAACUCGCCCUUCUCGCUCUCUCAGCCAUCCUAAUAGACACCACAAACCUAACCUCCAAAGACAAAGUCACCCCAUGGGACACACACGCCGUCGAAUUCCUCACCCGCCAACUCUCCCCCAACAACAAGAACACCACAAACCUCUACAACCAAGUCCACCAAACCAAACAAAACAGCCUCAACCUCCUCACCGUCAACGAGAUUCUCGACCGCGACUACAAACAAUGGACCGAGACGCCUUCCUCCUCCAACCCCAGCCCCAACUCCAAGCCGGUCGAAAUCGGCUUCUGCUCAAUGGUCAAGUCCCUCCCGUGGAUUAUCCGCAAAGCAGGGAAUGCGAGGUCUUUCUUAGACGCAGUGGAGGGCUUCGCGCGAGCCCGUGAUCUGGGUAUUGUGGUUGUUAUGACUGCCUUUAGCUCGCCUGUGAAGGGGGGAGAGUUUACGAGGGAGUUGUUUGUUGUUGCGUUGGAGGGGGGUCGUCACACCACUAACAUCAACGGUAAUAAUGAUGAUGUGGCAACCACAGCCCUAAAGCACUUCGUUGACCAAGCGGAGGAGAAACUCAGUCUCCAGCCAUGGGCGGCGCUCGACGUGGUCGAUCGUCAGGAUCAAGAAGAGGAGAUUGCGCGGUCGUUGUGUGGGAAUACCAACAUAAACAAACAGAUGGGUAGUACGCCACAUUUUCUCUUCACAAGCAAUGUCAGUCAACUGCCUAGACACGUCUAUCCAUUUUACUCCCCCGGAAGCCAGGUACAGUUGUCAGAAAUGAAAAGUAGUAAAGAAAAAGAAGACAACGCCAUAUAA